CUGUUUAGAUGUAAUGAUUGUUACUGUCAGGCACAAACCAUUGGUUUAAUUGACAGUAUUUCUUGAAAAUUAUUGUACUAAAUUUGGUAAAAUAAUUAACAUUGAUUGAUUGAUUGAUUGAUAUCUGAAGGGUGUUUUUUUUAGAGCUAUAGAACUUUAAAUUGCAAUAACACAACGAUGGAUUAUUCGAUUGACAUGAAUAUUAUUUAUCCGCAAGAUAAUCUUGAGGAAUUACAAUUUACUUAUGAUUUCAGGCAUAUGACCGCCACGGCUGGCUCGGAUGUAGUCCAAUCUGGACGUCCAAUUUUCGAUUACUUUUUCCAACAUUUGUGGCCGUAUAUCGGCAAUAACACGGCGAAUGUUGUCUUCCAAAUGGUCAAGGGUUUGUGGCUUAUCCACAUAGACCAAGCGAGCUGUGAGGGUGAAUAAGUGCUUGUGUUCGAUGAACACGCCAGAAGCCUUGACACUGAACGGGGCACUGAAUCGCCUUAGCGCUUCAACACAGCAGCUUUCUGCUCCACGUCUGGGUCACCACUUUGGUUUAGUGGGGCACUGCCACCCCGUAAAGAAACCUAAAAGAAACACUGUACUCGUUGAUUUUUAUUCUUUAUAUUUAAGAUCUCAUAGUUUCAAAAUUGUGGUAGUGACUGCGACAUAACCUAACCUCACUUGAGCUGCAUCAUAAUCUCAACUGGAAAAUCGAAAAAAAAGAAGAAAGAACGGACGGGAAGUCAGGAGCAGUCGAGCGUUCGACAUUCGUGCGCCGGUUGCGCCCUUGGACUCCACAUAUAAACCUAUAUACAGUUAUGCGGUCGGCAAGUGUGCCUUUUGGCGCCUGAAUGAACGAGGGCUCAUAAGCUCCUUCAGCUUCAGUGCUUUUUCAUUUAUUUUUCUUUAGCACGUGAACGUUUCAGUCGCUUGAUCAUUAUUUACUUACACAGGAGCUUUCUAUAAUGAAACAAAACAAACAAUUCAGAGAUCUUUAAUUCCUUCGAAUUGCGAUGAUAUAUGUAAGGUAGAAGAAGAAUUAUUUAUCUACUAUAAUCAAUAAUCAUAGAUUGUAACACACCAAUUGUCAGAAUUCUCGUUUGUUGAGGUUAUGUAUUUUGUUUUUAAAUUUAAACUGCAGAAUUAAUUAUCAGCUUAGCUCUUACCUUUUACCUUAGACUAGGGAGACAGGGAGUAAUAAAAUGAAUUCCAAUUCAACUGGCAAAUUAUUAACCCUUCAGUUUGGCCAUUAUUCAAAUUUUGUAGGAACUCAUUGGUGGAAUGUUCAAGAAAAGUCAUUUCAGUAUUCAGUUGAUUCCAAGCAAGAUAUAAAUCACGAUGUUCUUUUUCGCGAUGGUAUCAAUGCUAAGGGCCUAGAAACAUAUACUCCUCGUCUAUUAUUAGUGGAUUUGAAAGGCAGUUCCGGAGUAUUGCCAGCUGCUUCUGAUUUAUAUGAUGAUACUUCAGAAUUUCAAACGGAUGAUGUCCAAUGGGAUGCCGAUAGAGUUGAAGUAAAAUCCGAAGAAAAAUUGGAAAAAAAUAAGUUUCAAGAAAAGUUAGAUAAUCCAGAUCCCAAUAAUGAACAAACUGAAUUUGAUUUUGAUAAAAAUGUGAAAGUAUGGUCGGACUACCUAUAUAGCAGAUUCCAUCCAAGAACAUUAAAUUUGGUCAAGGAUUAUCAACAUAAUAGUAAUUCAUUCAACUCAUUUCAUAUGGGAAAUAAGUUAUGGCAUACUGACCAAUUUCAGGAUGAAUUUAUGGAUAAAAUAAGAAAUUAUGUUGAAGAAUGUGAUUAUUUUCAGGGAUGUCAAGUUUUGCUAGAUGCAUUUGAUGGAUUUUCAGGACUGGCAACAUCUUGCAUUGAGGAUUUGCAUGAUGAAUAUGGAAGAUCUAUUAUUGCUUUUCCUUUAAUUCCCUCUUUCUAUGAAGAUUACAAUCAUAAAAAUGAAGAACAAAGAAUGCAGUCAAUAAAAUAUGAUAGUAACAGAGUUUUGAACUUUGCUUUCUGUUUUGAUACCUUGAGGGAAGUAAGUUCCCUAUUUGUACCCUUGUGUACAGGUGAAAAAGGUUGGAGGCAGCCAGGAAAUGAGCGAGAGUUUAAUCAUAUACAAUACAAUCCAGAAUUGUAUUAUCAUUCAGGAGCUAUAUUAGCUGCUGCUCUGGACACCAUCAGUUUAAAAUAUAGGCUGAAAUCUGGAAAUUAUACUCUCAAAGAUUUGUGCAAGGAUCUGAGUCAUAACAACAGGAUAGCUGCGGCAGCUAGCUUGACUCUUCCAUUCUCUUUGAAUAGUGAUUCCGACUUGAUACAAUGUUUGGACAACUGGGAAGGCCCUCUUACUCGAUGCAUUACACCUAAUUGCACUCUUGGUUCUGAAAGAAUGGUACAGCUGUACACUUUGAGAGGUAUAAAAGAAGAAAGACUGAAAAAACCUUUAUCAAAAGCAGGACCACAAAAAGAUCUUCCUGCCUAUAAAUGCAAGAAUGUUGAGGAAAUGUUAAAGUUUUAUUUAUCUUGUACAACAUCUUUAUCACUGAAUGACGUGACAACAGUUACCAAUAGCUUGAAUGUGGGGGAACCAUACCCUAAAAUAUUUGAUGAAUUUGUUGGAUCUGAUGGAAGUAUUUUAGGAAACCCAAGAUCUUCUUACAUUGAUGUUCAAAGUGUACCAGUUUUAACAGGAUUGCAUAGUGGUUCAGGUUUAGGCGAAAUGUUAGAGACUCUCCUCAAUGAGACAAAAAGAAUAAAUAUAUCCAGAUUUCAUCAUUUCUCUGAUCUUGGUGUUGACAAAGAUUCUUUUAUGGAUACUGUACACAAUUUAAAUAAUUUUAAGGAAUGUUAUGAAGAAAGUUAUUAUCUGUAAGAGAACAUAAUAAAUUUUAAUUAUUUUUUAGUC